CCUGCAAGCUCGACACAGGCAACAAUUCCGCCAGCAUGUGCUUCACUCCAAACAUAGGUGGCCGAGCUGUGCCACCGCCAGGCAAGCAUCGCCGCGCAUGUUGACGACCGUCGACCCCAAAUGCAAUAUCCCAAUCAUCCAACCCACACAGCAGCGUGUCCUCCCUCCAAGGCUAUGAUGGCCGCAGCCCGCUUACGCAGAACAUUCCGCUACCCUUCCGAAGACGACGAUAACGAGCCCGAAGAUCUCGACGAAGAGCACCAAGAGAAGCUCAUAGCCGACCUCGAAGCAGAAGACUCCGCAAAGAACGAACUUUACCGCAGAGCCUUUCUCAGCAUACCCUUCAUCGCGUCUCUCGUCUUUCUCUACACUUUUGUUACAGCAUCGACUGCUCGCCAGCGACUGAUAGCGAUCCUCGGUAUUUCUAGUCUGGCAUGUACUGCUUACAUAUUGCAUUUCAUGCCGAUUGAGAAGCUGGAGAGGAAAGGCAAGAGAGCGGUAUAUCGAGUUGAAGCAGAGAAGAGCCCAGUUGAGAAGUAUCUGGUCUGUCUCAAUGCAGGGCUUGCGGCACUGUUGACACUUGCUGCGUUCGUGAGCUGGAGACAAGGGAGUCUGGACGACGCGUGGAGAGAGAGUCUACCUGCUAUCAUUCUGGGCCUCACCAUGUUCGUCAGGCAACAGCUGGCGCCGCUGGAUCUGGAGGAAUUGCAGAAGGCAAGAUAUGAGCUGAAAGGAGCUUGA